AUGUCUUCAUCACUGACUCUACCAAGCUGGACCCCUGAGCAAGCAACAACUCUUCACGGUCUUCGCACCGCACUGAGUGCCUUCGAGCUCACAUUCGGACAGGCCCAAUCUCUCUCCGAACGUGCACGAGUACCGAGUGAAGGAAUACCUGAAGGAGUUCACAUUUCUUGUCAAUUAGCUCUACCUUCCUCUCAAACUCCUGUAUCCAUUCACUCGAACUUAAUCCAACUGGGCGAGGUUCCCGUCUUCUUUUAUUCCAAAUCAUUCACGCCUCUUGAAUCCUUUGGCGAUGCGAAAAACAAUCUCAAAGUCAUAUUUCAUGUACAUGGAGGUGCCAACGUCGCCGGACACCCAACAGAACAACGGUAUAUGAAAUUCUUUUCUCGCAUGCUCCACGUGCUGGCGGAGAAAUGCGACCCACAAGGAUUCAGUACAUCCAUCAUCGCAGCACCUUCCUACAGGCUCGCAACUGUCUCCGAGAACCUCUUUCCAGCGGCGUUGCAAGAUCUGUUCUCCGCAUACCAUCACCUGAUCUCGCGCGGCUUUGGCGCCGAGAAUAUCACCAUAGCAGGUGAUAGUUCGGGUGGGAACUUAGCUCUUGUCCUUACUUACAUCAUCUCCCAGUCUACUCUUCCGAUGCCGGGGCAUGUCGUAGUCUUCUCCCCGGAUGCAGACCUCACUUACACAUCCUCCACCUCCGUACCCCACGACAUCUUUCCUCUAUCAAUCUACGAAGCUUGUGCUUCCCAAUACCUUGGUGGUUUCUCCCCAACAAACCCUCUAGCAUCAGGGGCCCUCAUCCCAUUCAUUGAAAGCUGGCCAAAGACGUUGGUGAUGACCGGCACGGCUGAUAAUGUUGCUGACAGCUCGCGGAGAAUCGUGAGUGGUAUCAAGCGGGCAGGCGGGAUAGCUGAACUUGUCGAGUACGCUGAGUUGACGCAUGGUUAGUGGAUGCUUUCUAUUUUCACGCAGUCGCGCGAUGGCUUGGAGAGGCUUGGAGAUUUUGUACACAGUUAAAUUGAUCGUACUAGAAGAAUCGGAACUCUGUGCACCACUUGUGACUCCCACGUAAUCCCAGUAAUUAGAAGUGAUAAUAGAUCUUAGUGUUCUCACUUGUAAAGCGAUGCAAAUACAGCAGUUGCAAG